AUGUCUCAAGCUGGUGGACAACGGCCUCCGGCCAACCGAAUGACACUGCAGACAUUCAAAGCGCGGCUCGGAGGAGCGACCAAAGGCUUCAAGCUCCUGAAAAAGAAGAGGGAUGCGCUGAAAGCUCGUUUUCAGGCGCUGCUCAAGGACAUUGUGGACACCAAGCUUAAGGUUGGAGAAGGCCUCAAGGAAGGUGCCUUUGCCUUGGCAAAAGCUCACUAUGCCAGCUCCGGGGACGACAUCGCUAGCUCGAUCAUCGAGAGGGCCAAGAAGCCCUCCUUGACCACCAAGAUGUAUCCGGACAACGUUGCAGGAGUGUCCAUCCCGGUCUUCAAGAUGCUUCGGGAUUCUUCGCAGGAAGCAGUGGCGCAAACUAUGGGUGUCGGAUCGGGUGGAGCAGUUUUGAGCGCAACCCGCGACACCUACCUCAAAGCAGUGGAAUGCAUUGUGCAGCUGGCCAGUCUGCAAACAGCAUUCCACACUCUCGACGAGGAGAUCAAGAUGACAAGCAGACGUGUGAACGCUUUGGAGUACGUCCUCAUCCCUCGCAUUGAGGAAAUUAUGCACUACAUCACGCAGGAGAUGGAUGAGGAGGCACGAGAGGAGUUCUUCCGGGUCAAGAAGGUGGUGGAGAAGAAGAAGAUCAAACUGGCCAAGGAGAAGGAGGCGAUGAUGCUCGCUGAUGCCACGGCUGCCAUCGAUGCACCAAGCAUGUUGCAGUCCAAGAAGGAUGCGGAUCUCGUGUUCUGA